GCCCAGAGGGGGCGGGCGGGCGGGCGAGGUGGGGCUGCCCGUGCUGGCCGGGCCGUCGGGGCGCGGCUUGGCGAGGGGGCGGCGGCUGUAUAAAGGGCGGGCGUCGCGGGGCCCCGAGGCCGAGAUGCGAGGCGGGCGGAGAGGCGCGCCCCGGCGGCCGGGCGCCCACCGAGGGCCCCGCGCUGCUGCUGCUGCUGCCGGUGCCGGCGCGUGAGGCCCGGGGGGGCGGGCGGGCGGCGGCGAUGGGCGAGGUGGGCGGCUUGGUGGGCGCGCUGGAGCUGGACUGGCCCGGCUGGGCGCCCGCGCUGGGCAGCGCUCCGUCGGGCGAGGCGGCGGCGGCGGCGGCGCCGGGCUUCUUGGCCGAGCGGCUGGGCCAGAUCGAGGGGCGCCUCCAGCGCGGCUCGCCCGGCGACUUCGCGCACCUGAAGGGCGUCCUGCGCCGCCGCCAGCUCUACUGCCGCACCGGCUUCCACCUGGAGAUCUGCCCCAACGGCACCGUCCACGGCACCCGCCACGACCACAGCCGCUUCGGGAUUUUGGAAUUCAUUAGCUUGGCUGUAGGGUUGGUUAGUAUCCGUGGGGUGGACUCUGGACUCUACCUUGGGAUGAACGAGCGAGGCGAACUGUAUGGAUCGAAGAAACUCACAAGAGAGUGUGUUUUCCGUGAGCAAUUUGAAGAAAACUGGUACAAUACUUACGCCUCAACUCUGUACAAGCACUCUGACUCUGAGAGACAGUAUUAUGUUGCUUUAAACAAGGAUGGCUCCCCCAGAGAAGGAUACAGGACUAAGAGACACCAAAAAUUCACUCAUUUUUUACCAAGACCUGUGGAGCCUGCUAAGAUCCCUGCGAUGUUCAGAGAUCUCUUCCAGUACAGGUGACGUCCUCUACCGCUCGAGCAGCCAGCGUAUAACCCCUGGACACCCAAGGCUUCUGCUGGAGCGCUUUAUCCUAUAGUCAUUCCAUCCUUCUUUUAAAGUCUAGGUAACAGACACACUACAAGGAAACCAGAUGUUGCUCAUUCCUUGGUAUUUUCUUGUAACUGAUCAAGGUCGCCUAUACCUGUGUCAGGUGGGGGCAGCAGCGGGACGAGGACGGUAGUUGACAGAGAAAAGAUAAUUUCUGAAACGAAAACCAGCAACAUGGUGAAGAUGAAAGGAGGCUGCAGAAAUGAGUCGUCUGCUACUCAUGUUUGAACGGUUGCAACUCGCAGGGGCUGCACGGAUGUCGCCAAGGGGCUGUCGUCGGCGCUGCUCGGAUUCUGUCAGACUGGUCGUAGUAGAUUUGCCAGAUAUUGUUGAUCUGCAGCUCACAGACCUCCAUGGUGGGACAAUGAGGGGCGGGGGCACCAGAGAAUCCAGACGAAGCCUGUUGGCAGGUGGGCCUGGAUCUCGAGGGUCCCAGGCCUACGGGCUUCCUGGUGUUGUGACCGUGGGAGAAGCAGAAGGUUGGGUAGGGAACGAACCUUCUUUGGAUGUAAACAUACUGUUCAUAAGGACAAAUUUAUUUAUAAAGUAUAUAUGAUAUUUAUUUUAUAUAUUUAUUUCAAAAAUAUUUUAUUUUUAAAGUAAAGCUAUUAUGACCCAACUUUCAACAGAAAGCACAAGGUCUCACUGAAACAAGAAAGGGGCAGAGGAGGAGGAUGGGUUUCGAAGAGCUUAUUGGCAAUAAAAAUUUCUUGAUAUGUCUCGGGUGGUUUGCUAAUUUAUUGCAAUCAUGUGAAAUCAAUUCAGCUGGCAAAAAAAAAACCCUGCGGAAGAGGAUGCUAAUUAAAGAACCGGUACAAAGAUCAACUCGGGACACGUCUAGGCUCUGGGCUCGGGGUGAAAAGCUUUUUAUGUUGAGUGAUGUAAUGAAAUCCUGAAUGAUUUGCUUUAAAGAUAUCCCCAGAGUACAAAAC